AUGGAUGCAAAGGUUGGUCCAAGGACUGUGCUCACAGUCGAGGAGGAGAAUUUUGUUGAAGAUGCACUGCUGUACGCUGCUCGUCACUUCAUCGGGAUCGACCGGACCGCGCUGCAAGAACACGUGCGCCAGCUGUGCAACGACGGUCGGGAUAUCCCGUGGGAUGCAGCAGUCAGCCCGGGGCGAUCAUGGCUAGACGGCUUCUUCACGAGGCAUCCUGCGCUGUCGGAACGCAGCGCCCGCAGCUACGAGGCCAACAGAAUCAUGAGUGACGACGAGACUCGCCUGCAGACGUUCUACACGGGCUUUGGCGAGUUCGUUGACAAGGAAAAGAUCCCUGCCGAUCACCUGUGGCGCACAGAUGAGACAGCGUCUGCAAGCGGACNAGGUUCUCUCGGCCUUCCCGGCACGAAACGGCGGAAGGGUGCCCGCGAAGAGCGACAUGUUGGGCAUUCUUGGGGAUGCUUGGUUGCGGAGCUUUUCCGAGGAACAGAACAUAUCAUCCUUUGCAGCUUUGCAGGGGCAGGCCUUUGGCCGGUGGACGGGGGGCGGGCGAUGGGUCGACUUCAAGGUGUAGGGAAGCGGAAGGAACGAUCAGGUGCCCGCCCGCCCGUCGAGGACAUCACAGUGGCGAUUUCCGACAAGGAUCUUGCUGACAACCUCGGCCCACGAACGGUUCGCGAGCUGCAGCAAAAGGGCCAGUACGUCAAGGGCAUCCUUAUCAACACGGUCAUGCUCGGAACCUUCGUCAAGGUGAAAAAGAAGCAGAAGGAGCUCGCCAUCACCCGCAAGUCGCAAGGUCUCCCGGAAGGAGGGGUCAUCACGUGCGAUGACGUCAUGCAAAAAUACCUCGAGGACGAACGCCAGAAGGUGGAGGCCGAGGAAGCUCUGAAAGAAAAAAGAAUGGCACGGGAGAUCAAGAGGGCAGCGAGGGAGGCUGCGAGCUUGGAACAGGGGGCAAACCGCGCAGGGCGUGGGCAUGGGCGAGGAGGAGGGCGAGGCGACACAAGGGGUGAAGGCUCUAGUGGGCGGGGACAGGGACCGGACGGAGGCAGAGGGGGGCGGGGGCGGGGGCUUGAAGGAGAGGGGCGGUGGGUGGGCGGGGAGUAG